CCGACUUCAGGGGAGACCUUGUAGCUCUAUCGGAAUCCAAAAUGAAGACUUUCGAUGCAAAUGAUCUUUAUCAGGGACAGAAUUUCAGCAAGGUUCUCAGCUCUCUAGUUGCUUUAAAUAAGGUGACUGCAGACAUAGGACUGGGAAGUGACUCUGUAUGUGCACGGCCCUCAUCUCAUCGGAUAAAGUCUUUUGAUUCCCUUGGAUCCCAGUCUUUGCACAGUAGAACUUCAAAACUCUUUCAGGGACAGUAUCGGAGUUUGGACAUGACAGAUAACAGCAACCAUCAGUUGGUGGUGAGAGCAAAAUUUAAUUUUCAACAGACAAAUGAAGACGAACUUUCUUUUUCAAAAGGAGAUAUUAUCCACGUUACAAGAGUGGAAGAAGGAGGCUGGUGGGAAGGAACUCUAAAUGGCAAAACGGGGUGGUUUCCAAGUAACUACGUACGAGAAAUAAAAUCAAACGAAAAACCCGUCUCCCCCAAAUCAGGUACAUUGAAGAGUCCUCCUAAAGGCUUUGACACGUCUGCAAUUAGCAAAAGCUAUUACAAUGUGGUGCUACAAAAUAUUUUAGAAACAGAAAAUGAAUAUGCUAAGGAGCUACAGACGAUACUUUCAAACUACCUGCGACCAUUACAAGCCAGUGAAAAGUUAAACUCAACAAAUACUUCAUACUUAAUGGGGAACCUGGAAGAAAUAAGUUCUUUUCAGCAAAUGCUUGUACAGUCUUUAGAAGAAUGCACCAAGUUGCCUGAAGCUCAGCAGAGGGUUGGAGGCUGUUUUCUAAAUUUGAUGCCACAAAUGAAAAGCUUAUACCUUGCAUACUGUGCCAACCAUCCAUCAGCAGUAAAUGUUCUCACAGAGCACAGUGAGGAACUAGGAGAAUUCAUGGAGCUGAAAGGUGCCAACAGCCCGGGGAUCCUUGUCUUGACCACAGGCCUCAGCAAACCUUUCAUGCGUCUGGAUAAAUACCCCACGUUACUCAAAGAACUUGAAAGGCACAUGGAGGAUUAUCAUCCGGAUCGGACAGAUAUACAAAAAUCCAUGACUGCCUUCAAAAAUCUUUCUGGACAAUGUCAAGAAGUACGGAAACGGAAAGAGCUUGAGCUGCAAAUACUGACCGAAGCCAUCCGCUGUUGGGAGGGAGAGGACAUUAAAACACUUGGCAAUGUAAUUUAUAUGUCCCAAGUCAUGAUUCAGUGUGCUGGAAGUGAGGAAAAGAAUGAGCGAUACCUUCUUCUCUUUCCUAACAUCUUGCUAAUGUUGUCUGCCAGCCCGAGAAUGAGUGGGUUCAUAUAUCAGGGAAAGCUGCCAAUGACAGGAAUGACUAUCACAAAGUUAGAAGACACCGAGAAUCAUAAAAAUGCAUUUGAAAUUGCAGGAAAUAUGAUUGAAAGGAUACUAGUGUCUUGUAAUAACCAACAGGAUUUGCAUGAAUGGGUGGACCACCUGCAGAAGCAAACCAAAGUCACCACUGUUGGAAACCCCACCAUUAAACCUCACUCUGUGCCMUCUCACACGCUUCCCUCCCAUCCGGUAACACCCUCCAGCAAGCACUCGGACAGCAAGCCAAUCCCCCUGACUCCUGCUUACCACACUCUCCCACAUCCGUCCCAUCACGGGACUCCGCAUACCACGAUAAACUGGGGACCUCUGGAGCCUCCUAAAACUCCCAAGCCCUGGAGUCUGAGCUGCUUGCGGCCUGCGCCUCCGUUACGGCCUUCAGCAGCUCUUUGUUAUAAAGAGGAUCUCAGUAAAAGCCCUAAAACCAUGAAAAAGCUGCUUCCCAAACGCAAGCCGGAGCGGAAGCCGUCAGAUGAAGAAUUUGCACUGAGAAAAAGUACAGCUGCUUUAGAAGAAGACGCACAAAUUCUUAAAGUCAUUGAAGCCUAUUGCACAAGUGCCAAAACACGUCAAACACUAAAUUCAACAUGGCAAGGCACUGACCUGAUGCAUAAUCACGUCUUGGCUGAUGAUGACCAAUCAAGUCUAGACUCCUUGGGUCGUCGCAGUAGCCUUUCUCGUUUGGAGCCUUCAGACCUCUCAGAAGACUCUGACUAUGACAGUAUAUGGACAGCCCAUAGUUACAGAAUGGGGUCUACAUCUCGUUCCCGUAAAGAAUCAGCUCCUCAAGUCCUGCUUCCAGAAGAAGAGAAAAUUAUUGUAGAAGAAACUAAAAGUAAUGGUCAGACUGUUAUAGAAGAGAAAAGCCUUGUCGACACAGUAUAUGCAUUAAAGGAUGAAGUACAGGAAUUAAGACAGGAUAACAAAAAGAUGAAAAAAUCACUGGAAGAAGAACAAAGAGCUCGCAAGGACUUGGAGAAGCUUGUUAGAAAAGUUCUAAAGAACAUGAAUGACCCCUCUUGGGAUGAAACCAACUUAUAACUAAUUUUUUUUUCUUUCUAUUGAAAGACCAGUURUAAAACUGAGCGGGGAAGCCUUCUGACAUUAGUCAGUGUUGCAUCAAGAGCACUACAAAACAGGAUUUAACUGGAUCUAGUUUGUUUUUUUUUUUUUUCCUCUUGCUCUGAACAUAUAGAAACGGUCAAGCCAUUCACUGAAGCAAUCUGUACUUGUGUGGAGACCAUGGAUCCUGAACUCUACUAAACUUAAUUUGUUUGCAUCUAAAUUACCUCAUUUUGCAGAAAGUGCAGCACCUGACUAAAAGUCCAUGUUUUUCAGUGGCUUUUUAAUUAAAUAUAUAUUUUUUCUUGUAAAUAUCUGUAAUUUUGAAUGCAUAUGUGAUUGAUGUAUCAGGGCGAUAAGGUGGCUUUUUUUUUUUUUCCUCCUGUUGUGAUAAUGGUCGCAAGUGUUAGAAGUGAUGGCACUAGUCUCACCUAUGGUUGGCCAGCGUUCUUUGUGGAUAAUUAUGGAUUUGUUCCGAAUUACCCAUUCAUCACGCAAGCAAAUUUAAGAAGUUUUUCCUAUUAACCACUGUAUUUAAAUUCUCUUAUUUAUGCUUGUGCAUACACUUUAAAACCGUUUACAGUUCUUUAAAACAGUAUUAAAUCAAAUUGCAGAAAGUGUUUAUCAACACUAGAAAUAAUUUUUAGCAAAACAAUUGCCCGGGAUUUACAUCUACUACAUCUAUUUACGCUUCUUUGGUGGACUAAUUUGCUGUGCUUUGGCCACCGAAAGACGUCGGUCCCUGARAGAUGUAUUGCCUGCUUUUUACUGACUGUGAUUUUUAGGUGUUUAUGUACUACGUUUUCUAUUGUUGGGCUUAAAGAUACAGCUGGCUGGUAAUUUAAUGGAUCAUACAGUUUGCUAAAGCAAAAAGAUAACUGAAUCCUUUUUUUUUUUUUUUUGUGAAUAAAUUGUUGCUAUUUAUUUUUAUGGUCACAACAGUUAAACUCUAGCUAACCUUUUUGAGUAAGGUAAGGCACAUGGGCUAGGCCAAACUCCAUUCAGAGCUCUCUUUCUAUACCACUAUAUGAUACCCUUGGUUURUUUAGAGUUUCCAGACUGUGGAAGCGUAGUCAGUCAUUCCUUUCCCAUCCUGUUUUCUCAGAAUAUUACUGGUUUCCAUCCCACUAGAAUUUAAACAGAAACAAAUCUGGAAAUAAAAGUUUUGUUCAUCAUAUUGAAAAUUCAUAAUUUGCACCUCUGACAGAUAAGGCAGUACAUACAGUGAAUACUUUUGAAAACCUUUAUUCCUUAGGCUGGUAGGUGUAAUUACUGCARUCCUUUCCUACAUCUAAAAUAGGAGAUGCCGCAUUAACUGCAAAUGAUGAGCUUUGGUUGGAGCACUUACCAAGUUCCUUAAAGCUCAUCGUAAAAGUUUCUUUGAUUUCAGUAGACUUUGGGUCAAGCCCUAAACAGUCCCCUUUUCUGGGCUGUUUUUCUGCAUUUAACAUCCAAAAGUGCAAACAUAGCUCAGACCAAGUCACACCUUUGGUAGUCCUGAUUUUCUAAUGUCCUUUAACUGGUGUUAAAUUUAAUGCUUGGACUUGAGCAGAUGUUUAGAAACUUUGCAGAGCUGUAACCUGCAUGAUGAAGAUGAUAACAACUUUCAUGGGCAGCCUAAAUCUGAUGAAAAAUGUAUGCUUAAAUCAAAAAUUACAYAUUUGAGAAGCAAUUCUGUGGGAACAAAUGCUUAAUAAUAUGAAUUAUUUGAUUUUAAAGAACUAAGUAUAUCUGUAGGUAUUUAAAUCUGCGUUCCUGCAAUAUAAAAUGUUUAUGUUUAAUUUUAGAAGAACAGAUUGUAAGAAAGAACUAAAAAUAUGUUCUCUAGCUCAGUUCCAUGUAUUCAAAACYUUUAAGUUAAUAACAAAAAAAGUGUUUCUGUUGUUUGCAGCUGCAGAAAAAUGUGAACUGACAAAUAUAAUUAUCUUCAUAUUUAGAAAAUACUCUUGCUAAAAGCUACGUGAUACUAAACACUGCAAAUUAAUUGCAUAUGCUAACAUGUUUUUGCUUUCUAUAUUACUGUGUUAACUUUAAUUUUCCGUUGAACAUAUAGGAAAGGACAUUCCAGAGGAAGAAGUACAAACAUUAAGUUUUAGCUGUACUUAGCAAAUUUUAACUCAGGAACAGCUUCCAUCAUAACAUGAUUUUAUUUGACAUUGUGUUGUAAAGACUAGCAUUGCUGUGUAAAAUUUGCUGACACUACAGUACCUGUGAUCUUACUUCUGACAGUACCCUUAUACUGAUGUCUAAUGAACAUGCCUUAAACAUUGGGAUUAAGCAGUUGUUAAAUACGACCAGGACUUAGGGACAGAUUUUGGUCAAGGUGAAUUGGGAUGAUGAUGCUUUUUUACAGAAAAAAAAAAAAAAAAAGAAAAGAAAAAAAAAUUAAUACUGUGUGUAGCUUUUGUCCUUAGCUCUAGAGCAGAGAGCGAGAUUCGGGCUUUUGGGAACCAAGGAAUAUCUGAACUUUUUUCUUUUACAAUUUGUUAUACUGUAAAUAGAUUGUAAAUUGCACCAUGUGACCUUCGGAAUUGUUGGGAACUUUGUAUAAGCAUGGAUAAAUGGGGCACUGUUUAUUUAACCUAUUAAAGGGUUAUUUCUUUGCUCUCAUCAUUUAGGGAUGAGGAGAUGAAGCCAUUUCUUAUCCUGUAGAUGUGAAGCACUUUCAGUUCUAAACUGUCCAAAAUGUAGCAUAACAUUUCUCUGUACUUACUGAUGU